AUGAGUAAUGCGCCACUUACUAUUGCUGCCAAGGCUGGCAAUGUUAAUGACUUGGCGGAGGCGUUAGCUGCCGGCGGCAUCGAUUUUAACCAGCGCGACGACGAUGGCCGCACGCUACUGUCGUACGCUGCCGAGGGCGGCCACAUCGCCGUGGUAGAGCGGCUGCUUAUUGCAGGCGCCGGCGACAUUGACCUAAACCAGCGCGACCUUGAUAACUGCACGUUACUGUCGUACGCUGCCGAGGGCGGCCACAUUGCCGUGGUAGAGCGGCUGUUUAUUGCAGGCGCCGGCGAUAUCGACAUUAACCAGCGCGACUACAAUCGCCGCACAGCACUAUCGUACGCUGCUAAGGGCGGCCACAUCGCCGUGGUAGAGCGGCUGCUUAUUGCAGGCGCCGGUGACAUCGAAAUUAACCAGCGCGAACGUCAUGGCCGCACGGCACUGUCGUACGCUGCCGAGGGCGGCCACAUCGCCGUGGUAGAGCGGCUGCUUCUUGCAGGCGCCGGCGACAUCGACAUUAACCAGCGCGAACGUUAUGGCCGCACAGCACUAUCGUACGCUGCUAAGGGCGACCACAUCGCCGUGGUUCGGCUGCUGCUUGCUGUGGGCGCUGACCCUAACCUGCGAGACCUUAAUAUGGGAAGGUUGGAACGGAGCGCUGCACCCCUGAGCGGCGACCGCGAUGUUGCCGUUGAGUCGGCUUCGCGGCUGUUGGUCUAUGCCUCUAGCGCCAACUGCCUUCGAGUCGCCGACGAGCUUUUGAAAAAGCAUGGCGCAGACGUGAAUGCGGUCUGUCGAUGUGGACCGUUCGAUCUUAGUCCACUCAUGGCGGCUUCUAAGAAGGGCAACGCAGAAUCAGUCAGCUUUCUCCUUACGAUAGAAGGGAUCCUGCCAAACGUCUUCAAUAGCGAUGGUUCUACGGCACUUAUCCUAGCGAGCAUUGAGGGGUUUGUCGACGUGGUCAAGAUGCUCGUAUCCGACGAGAGGGUGACUGUUGACCAAAGUGACAAGAAAGGGCGCACUGCUUUAUCACAUGCAGCCGAGCAUGCUCGCGAGGACGUGGUGGCCGUGCUGUUGGACACCGGCCGGCUUGACACCAACUCCAGGGAUCAGAAUGGCCGCACACCACUGGCUUAUGCCGCUGGGUCGAAAAGGAAGAACGCCGUUAACGCCGUUCGACUGCUACGGAACGUUUCGUCGACUGAGCAAAACCCAAUGGACCACGAUGGAAACACUCUGCUGAUUAUUGCUGCCGCUUGCGGCAACGCGAAAAUGGUCGAUCUGCUUCUUACGGGAUCGACAAGCAUCGACAUCAAUCUACAGAACCGACAAGGCAUGUCAGCACUACACAGGACGGCCAGGUCGAGUCUAAGUGAUUCGGAGGAGGAAAGCGACUCGGAGGAAGAAAACGACUCGGAGGAAGAAUCAGAUUGGGCAGAGGUAAUGCGAGCACUUAUCGCCGUCUCCGGCAUCAAAGUCAACAUUGAAGACCGUAUGAAACGGACGGCGCUCUCUUACGCGGCAGAGGGUGGCAAUCUCAAACUAGUUGAAAUUCUUCUUAAAGCCGACGGUGUUGAUCCAGACUUGAACGCGGACGGCCGAAGCCCGUUAUCGUGGGCGUUGCCUAAGACUGCCGACAGUCAGGAGUUGACAAAACGGCGUGAAGAAGUGGUGCGGCUGCUUUUAAGCAACUCGAAUGUGGACCCGAAUGCAGAAGACGCCGAAGGGCUGACACCGCUGAUUCGGGCGAUCCAGUGUCGUAACCGUGUCAAGUGUGUCGAGCUGAUGCUCGAACGCCCAGACCUCGACGUGAACCAACAGGGACGGAAUGGUCUCAGUCCUCUGGCCGUGGCAGAAGAGAUCGACGACACGAUUGUCAUUGAGAUUUUGCGCAGCCGUGGCGCGACCGCACCGGAGAGGCCUUUGUUGGAUGCCAACAGUCAAAUUAAUGUUGAAGGCUCGCCCGAUAAUAGCAUGGUACUCAGUAAAGGGGGCCGCAUAUCCCUAGGCACACAGCAGGAAUACAUCGACGAGUGGGCGGACGGCACAGAAAUACUGUGUAGAUACUGCUCGGAGAUCGAUCUAGAUGAUGCCUUUUCAAAUCACGACUACAGAGAGCGCAUGCAUUCUUUGGAAGGUGAAUCACUGUGUCCUUUGUGUCGUCUGUUAAUAGCGGUGGAUAGACAAUACCUCUGGGACGUUCACUUGAUAAGCAACUCGAGCACGCAAGGCUGGAUCUGCGGUAAAAUGUUUUUGGAAGCUUUAGAGUCUUUGGAGGCCCCUUGGUUUGACACUAUGGUGCUUGCCAUUGGCGGUUCUGGGUGGGAAUAUACGGGCGACAUUUUAUCCACCGGCAUGAUCGGCCGCCUUGGAUCAAAUUGCCCGGAAAAGAAGUACGCCAUAACAAUCCCACGUUUGCUGGGUACGGAUGAGGGGAGUGCUGCACGCAUGAGGACAGCCAGAGAAUGGAUUUCGACUUGUAUAAAACACAAGGAGUGCAACCCUCCGGACAAAUUCGCUAUACCGCCACAUCUAUACCUUAUCGACUGCAAAAAGCGGCGCAUCAUAAACCAGCACGAGUUCGAGGGUACCUGGCCGCCGUCAUACGUUGCAUUGAGCUACGUCUGGCGCCUGUCUCCGGUUGAUGAGCCGCAUCUAGACGAUUUAGGUGGCGAUGUGGCGGCUGUCAUCAAAGACGCUAUUAACGUGACUCUUGAGCUCGGCUACGAAUACCUGUGGAUCGACCGGUACUGCAUCGUACGGGAGAAGGGCUAUGACGCUGUUAAGAACGAACAAAUGCGGCACAUGCACCCCGUCUACCUCAACGCCGAGGUGACCCUGGUGGCAGCCGCUGGCGAAGACGCAUCAGCUGGCCUACCCGGUGCACCAGGACGUCCAAGAUCCUACCAGCAGCCCGGGGCUUUCAUCAAGGGCCACAAACUCGUCGUCAUUCCUCCUGACCCCUAUACAGUUAUCAAAGACUCGACCUGGGAUUCGCGCGGCUGGACCCUCCAGGAGGGCUUGCUCGCACGCCGUCGUCUCUACUUUACCGACUACGAGAUGUCGUACGGGUGUCGCAAUAUGCUUUGUCGCGAAGCCAUACAGCUUCCACCCGGCCGAGAACGGAAAAUACACAAACACAAACCGAGUACGCGGGAGCCGUUGUGGAUGCAUGACUCCUGGCAACUGGCCGAGAACGCCGUCAAACAUGGUGCCAGCGGCAUCUUUCGUCUUUUAGGGGACUACACAAAGCGACAGCUGUCCUUCCAGAAAGACGCCCUGAAUGCUAUACUUGGCGUCCUUCAACUUCUUGCCGAUAACAAGGAACCGCUGUACCACGUAUGUGGCGUUCCUAUACUGAGAGAUUUUGAAGACAAGGAAAAAGAAGAAGACAAGGAAAAAGAAAAUGAUGCCGCCCUCACCGGUUUUGUUAACGGACUCUGCUGGACUCUCAAGCGUCCGACUCGUCGGCGGCUCGGAUUUCCGACUUGGUCAUGGACCGGAUGGACGGGACAGGUCGACGAUCGUGGCUUAAUUGUUGACCAAGCACCUUUCAAAACGUCUCUAAACCUCUCCAUUGUUCCUCGUGAUGGAAAAGGCGGUUCUGGCGUUGCCCUACCAUGGGAAAUCUACUACGGCUUACGGCACGAAACAGACGACCACAACAAGGCCACCUGGUCCGGUCAAACUCACAUGUUUGAGAUCACAGCUGCUGCAGCCACAGUUCAGAUUCACGCUUCGUAUAGCUAUCAUGGCAUGGUGUGCGUUGGUGACCGUGUGUGGAAGGGUCGAUUCAAGCUCACUUGGAACGGCGGCGACGGUAGCGACGACGACAGGAAAAGGAACGAUGACCGUGUUACCGACUCUCUGGAGACGGCGCUAUUUCAGAAGCCAUGGGAAGGCACUGUGCUUGGAGCAUCAACACCCUCCCCUCCCGAAGAUGAGUCUCCCUAUACUUAUGUGCUCGUCGUUCAGAAGCAGCAGCAGACAAAUGAACAGUUGCCUCCCAACGCCCAAACGCGCUGGGAGCGCCUUGGUAUUCUACGGCUUGAACGCUGCGAGCUAGAGGAAGACAUGUUGGAACGGAAAACUUGGUUGAUUGUGUAG